UUGGUGCGCACCAAACUUAAUACGCGUACUAAGGUUUUGACGAUGUAAACUAAGCCUAUGCGUACAACAAACAUUACAAAUAAGAAGAAGAAGAAGGCUUAAGUAGAUUAAUCUUUCCGAAUUUUGUUGAAUCUUUUUUGUAUGAGCAUACAUACCGAACUGAUAUGGCGACUCGAUAAAUGAAAAGAAAUGUUUAUCAUAAUAUGUCGUAAUUUAAUUAUGUGGUAUGAAUUCAUCCGCUGUUUUGGUAUCUCUAUGCGUUAUUCGCAUCGAGAUUUGUGAUUCAGAAUCAGAAGAGACUGGUGGUACCAUGGCUGCAAAGAAGACGAGAGGUUGCAGAGAACCAAGGGAUAUCAAUGUUGAGACUUAUACAAACGUAGCAGAAACUACAUCCCUGUUAUUAUCAAGCCAAAGCACAAGCAAAUCACAUUCGUUCUCGAGAACUAAUUCCGAAGAGACAUUAUUUGCGAAUUCUAAUCACGUUGCAAAUUCUGGUCCAAAAGAAAUAACUGGUGCUGCUGCUUGUACGUCACCUGAUCAAAUCAAUUUUAUCUCUGGAAAUCCUUUUGUUGAAGUUACCAAAGGAAUCCUCCAUCUUUUCAAGGAAGAUGAAUUGACUGAAAUGCAUUGUGCUGCGGAUCGCAGUCAUACUAUCUGUAUUCUAUCGGUACCUGCAACAAUGACUUGCCAUGAUCUUUUAACUUUCACAGCAGCUUGUCAUCAAGAUAUACAACACUUUCGAAUUCUCAGAGACGGCAGUCCAAAUCAGUACAUGGCUCUGAUCACCUUUAGAUCAUCGAGCGCAGCAAGCGAAUUCUAUGAAACUUUCAAUGGUGCUCCCUACAACUCUUUAGAGCCAGACAUAGUUUGUCAUAUGGUAUUUGUAUCUCGAGUCGAAGUAGGGGACAAUGGAAUGCCCUUAAGCGGACAUACAGAGCUGCCAUCAUGUCCUGUUUGUCUCGAAAGAAUGGACGAGAGUGUGGAUGGAAUUCUAACGAUACUGUGCAAUCAUACUUUCCAUUCUAGCUGUCUCGUCAAAUGGGGUGACACAUCCUGUCCGAUCUGUCGAUACGCCCAAACGCCAGAGCCACUAGCAGAUAGUCGUUGCAUGGAAUGUGUUGCAGAUACCAGCAACGAUGCAUUAUGGAUUUGUUUGAUUUGUGGUCACGUGGGCUGCUCGCGCUAUCAUCAUGGUCAUGCAUUUGAACACUAUCGAGACACACAUCAUUGCUAUGCAAUGCAAUUGGGCAAUAAUCGCGUUUGGGAUUACGUAGGUGACAAUUUUGUGCAUCGGCUAUUACAGGACAAAGAUGGUAAAAUGGUAGAAGGUGGUUGCUCGGCAGUUAAGAAUGAAGGUGCCGCUGUUGAAGAUAAGGUAGAUUCGGUACAAUUAGAAUUCACGUAUUUGCUAACAUCACAAUUGGAAACACAACGACAAUAUUAUGAAGAGAGACUUAGUCGUGCAGAACAACGUUGCAUAGGAGAGAUUACCGAGUUGAGGAAUAAAUUGGAGCAAGUGAUUGAGGAAAACUCACAGUUUAAGAAACAAUUUGCGAUGCUCAAUCGCGACAAGCAGACACUGGAUAAACGUCUGCAGCAUUCUACCAAUAAAUUGGCACAAAUACAAGCGGAAUUGACAGAGGAAAAAGAUCUGCGAAAAGCUCUGCAAUCGAACCAGACUUCAUGGCAGGCAAAAUGCAAAAAACUGCAAGAUGAAUUGUCUACCAAAGAAGCAGAGAUCACCAACUUGAAGGAGCAAAAUCGAGAUCUCAUGUUUUUUCUUGAUGCUCAAAAACAAAUUGACGAGUCUGCCGAUCGAGAUGAGAUUGCCACUGGUCGUAUUGUUAUUCCUCUUAGCCCUAAAGAUAGGAAAUCGUCUGGAUCUCGGGGACAUAAAAAUAAAAAAAAGCAUUAAUUUCAAAGCUCGUUAAACA